AUGGAUAAAAAAAUCUAAAUGAUGGAACAAUGCAUAUUACAACUAUAAUUAAAAUUACUUAUUGAAAAAGUUCCAUUUUCUUAAGAUAUAAUCCCAGAAAAUUUGAGAUUAAUUGAUGUACCACCAUUUAUUAGAGCUAAAAUAAAAGCCAUUUAAUUUAAUUCUAAUUAUGAAGUUAAGGAUGCUGUGUUCUAGAAUGCUAAGAAUGUUGGAUAAAAUAGAGUUUAUUAAGGAUAUUGGUAUAAUGAUAAGUAAAAUGGAAGAGGAUAAGAAUAUAAUGAUAAAGAAUAAAAGUAUUUUUAUGGAUAUUGGUAAAAUGGAAUCUUUGUUUAAGGUUUAAUUAUAACAGAAAAUUAUUUAUUUGAAGGUGAUGCUAAAGAUAAUUAAUUUUUGAAAGGUGUUCUUGUUUAUAUGGAUCAACGAAUAUAUUUGGGUAAUUUUUAUUAAGGAGAAUUAAAUGAUGAAAAUGGUGAAUAUCGUUAUAAAAAAGAGAAAUAUAUUGGAGGAUUUAAAAAUGGAAUGAAAUAAGGGAAAGGAAAAUUAGAAAAUGAAUAGUUUAUAUAUGAAGGAGAAUUUGAAAAUAAUAAAAUUUGUGGUUAAGGUGUAUUAAUAGAAAAGGAGAAUGGUUGGAGAUAAGAAGGUUAAUUUAAGGAUGGUAAAUUAGAUGGAAAGGGUGUAUAUAUUAGAAGUUUAGGAGAUUAUUAUGAAGGUAUAUUAUUAAUAUUAUAAAGGUGAAUUUAAAUAAGGAUAGAGACAUGGUAAAGGUACUUUGAAAAGAGAUGGAAUAACUUAUUAAGGUAAUUUUAUUGAAGGGAAAUUAAAUGGAUGGGUUUAAAUGAUGGAAGAUAAGAGGAUAUUUAAAUGUUAUUUUGAAAUAGGAGAAGAAGAUAAAAAUAAAAGAUAUUUGGUUUAAUGA